AUGGUAAAGGCAGAACUUUUGAAAUUAGUAAAAGAAAACCGACACGCAGACACAUUUGUAGUGGACGAAAUAGCUAAAGCUACCGGCCGAACGGUCUUAAGAUUGCCACCAUAUCAUUGCGAGUUGAACCCAAUCGAACUAAUAUGGGCGCAGAUUAAGGGUGAAGUAGCUCGGAAAAAUUUCACUUUUAAAUUUGCAGACCUUAAACCACUUUUUGAUCAAGCAGUGCAAAAUGUCAGUCCACAAAAUUGGAAAAAUGCUGUUGCUCACAUUAUCAAAGAAGAAGAACGCAUGUGGACUCUGGAUGAUUUAAUGGAAAUUCAGGUGAAACCACUUAUGAUAAAUGUUGGCGAAGAUGACGAUACAACUUCUUCAGAUUCUGAGAAAGAUUAG